GAGUCCCUCCCUUCUGUUCGUCAAGUUUGGUUGCGUUGUGUAAGAGUUCAUGCUAGUCUACAGGACGCGUGAAAAACUCGCGCCUUCACACAUUAUGAGCGAUCAACAGCAUGAUGAAAUGGCCGCGCUGGUGGAAAACGACACGAGCUUCAUUCAGAAGAGAAACUCCAGCAGUUCAGCAUUAGACUCACAGCAGCCGUCACCUUUAGCCAUGUUGGCAGCCACCUGCAGCCGGAUUGAUGAAAGUGAUGCAGUGGAACAGCAGCAACAAAUGGAUCUCCAGCAGGCCCAUCUAUCUCAGACCAGUAAUGGCUGGCACAUCGUCCCGACCAGCACUCAGACUGUCAUCAGCUCCAGUAGCACAACUCCACACACAGGAGAUGAUAAAGGUCGACAAACGACAUCCACAAGCACUGCAGUUCAGCAACAGCAGUAUGUAAUGGCAUCCUCGCAAAACCUUCAAGGUCAGCAGUUGCUCACGACCCUCUCUGGGGUCAUGCCAAAUAUCCAGUAUCAGGUGAUCCCACAGUUUCAGACUGUGGAUGGGCAACAGCUCCAGUUUACACAGACAACUCAGGAUGUGUCAGCCGCAACAGCGGGGCAGUUUCAGCUCGUGUCCUCGCCCAACGGCGGCCAACAGCUCAUUGCUGCCUCCACCAACCGAGCCGCUGGUGCUGGUAACAUAUUAACUGUUCCAGGUCUGUUUCAACAAGCCAUACCUCUGCAGAACAUCAGUCUGGGUAAUGCUGUGCUGCCCGGGCAGACGCAGUUUCUUACCAACAUGCCUGUCCCGUUGAAUGCUAACAUCACUCUUCUCCCAGUUGGUUCUGGUACUUCUGCUGGUGCCGGAGUUGAUGUGAGCUCAGGAGGAACGUUAGGAACUUCUCAGCUGUUUCAGAACGUAACGUCUUCGGGCCAGGUGGAGUACUGCCCUACUAGCAGCACACAGACAACCACAUCAUGUGGUGUUACGCUAACUCAGAGCAGUAAAGGUGAAAUGGGAAAAAGCUUUCAGAAUGAUAACAGAGAAGGACAGAAGGCCAGUCAAACUCAAAUUGUCAUACAACCGCAGCAGGUCCUGCAAGCCGUUCCGCCCAGCGCCGUCUCAGCUGGCGGUCAGGUGUUCGCAACGCAAACGCUGUCUCAGGAUGGAGUGCAGAACGUUCAGAUCCAGACCAUUGCAAACGGUAGCCCCAUCCUGAUCCGUACCGUAGGUCCAAAUGGUCAGAUCAGCUGGCAGACCCUUCAGCUGCAAAGCCCUGCUAAUACACAGAUCACACUGGCGCCAAUGCCUGCAGCUGGUACAGCAGGAACCAUGCAGCUGUCCGGCCUUCAGACCAUUAACCUGAACACGCUUGGCAACACAGGGCUGCAGAUGCAUCAGCUGCAGGGCGUUCCCAUCACAAUCACCAACAAUACAGGUGAUGCGGGUGGAGAUGCUCUGGAGGACAACGGCAGUGUAAUGGAUGAGAAUGCUGAGAGCAGUCCAACACCAGCCAGCAGACGCACACGAAGGGAAGCAUGCACCUGCCCCUACUGCAAAGAUGGAGAGGGACGCAGUGACCCAAGUAAGAAAAAGCAGCACAUCUGCCAUAUUCCUGGAUGUGGGAAGGUAUAUGGGAAAACGUCUCAUCUGCGGGCACACUUGCGCUGGCACACUGGAGAAAGACCCUUCGUUUGCUCCUGGUCCUUCUGUGGGAAACGCUUCACACGAUCUGAUGAGCUGCAGCGACACAAGAGAACACAUACAGGUGAAAAGAAGUUCUCAUGCCCGGAGUGUCCCAAGCGUUUCAUGCGAAGUGACCACCUGUCCAAACACAUCAAGACCCAUUUGAAUAAGAAAACUUCAGCUGGAGCUGUGAAUAAUAACGACAGCACUCUUUCAGCUGCAGCCAGCUCUGACGGCUGUGAUACCGGCGACGUGUCGAGCCAGCAGCAAACUCUCUUAACCAUGGACACGUCUUCAGAUGGGUUUGGCCGUUUAGCGCCCGGCAGCAUCAAUGUCAUGCAGGUCACAGAUCUUCACUCCAUUAAUCUGAAUAGCAAUGGCUAUUAAUGAACAUUGGCUGGCUACAGUGUAUUGAGUAUUCACUUACAUGACCAGGAAGUGAAUGCAUUGUAAAGCCCAUGACGCAUGCUUUCACUGAGGUAGUUUGAGGUGUGAUAGCAUCUAAAAGGUGCUUGUUUACCUCAUCUUCUUUUGUUUUGCAUCCCUUCCUUGUAUAUUGUAUAAAGUCAUUUGGGAUCUUUUUAUUAAUUCUUUAAGCUGAACUUGUAGGGUAUUACAUGGCAUCACGGUAAUUCACUUGCUGUUCAGGAAAAGGAUACAGUGCGUUAAAAGUGAACAACAUAAGCACCGAAAGUUUAAAAGCUGUGGGAAACUGAUAUCAUAGUUGUCUUUUUUUAGUCUUUAUUAGUGUACUCACAAGCCAUCAUCUUUAUGUGCAUUAAUCACAGAAAAAAACUACAGAUUUGAUACAGUUUGCUUUUUGUACAUAAGUUAUAUUUUUUCUAAGCAUAAAAACUGCAAAUUCUGAAAUGAUCUUUGUUUUGUGGAUGUAUGAAUUGUGCAGUCUUAAGCGUUGCCAUUUUAUAAUAUGUAUAUGGUCCAUAACUUGCUUUGUUUCCUUUGUCUUUCUAUACAAUACACUUUUAAGUUACAGUGAAUAAUGAUGUAUGUGCCAGUUUUCUUGGUUCCUUAAGCAGUCUUAAGCAGUCAUUUUAAUUUAUCAGAAAAGUUGUUUUUCCAUUCAGUUAUAAUUGGUUAAAACCAAAAGCCUUAAUAUCUGCAUUAGAGGGGGAUUUUCCAUGAAUCUAAUGAGUAAUAACCAAAGCUUUACACUUUUCCUAUGUGAACUCAGGUGAAUGUUACUCUUGGUGUUAAGCACUCAUCAUGAUUAAAUUAAGAUGAACUACAUGAAGACCCUCAAUAGUUGUUAUUUAAUGUCUCUACUUUGGUUAAAUGGUCUUUCAAAUUUUCCUUAACAUGCUGCAAUGCUGUUUUAAAAUAAAAUGACCACUACAUAUCGAGAUUGUUUCAUCACACCAUUAGCGUUUAUAUGCCAACAAACACUACGUGGCUGUUGCAGAAUGUAAAAAAAAAUUUAUUUGUUGUUUGGGUAGUGCUUUUACAUAGAGUACACAUCCGUGAAGGGGUCUUCGUAAAGUCUUUGGUUGAGUCAUCACUUUUUUUUAACAGUAGUACGUGCAUGCAAUUCUUUUGUAUUUAUGUUUGAUACCAAGAUAGUACAGAGCCAUUGCAAAGCAUUGAAAUCAAAUAAUACAUUAAAACUGCAUGUAUGUUAAAGUGUAAACAAUCAAAACACCUUUAAUUUUGCAGUUAUUUCAAUAGCACUUUUGACAAUGUUUGUAGUUACAAAGCAGCUGUACAAAAAUCAUUUUAGCAGAGGGAAAUAGGAAGAAUAAAACGAUAUAAAAUAUCAUAAAAAUGGGCAUAUGCAUUUAAACAUAGAACAUCGUACUGUACAUCACACAGCAGAUACCAGCCAAAUCAGACAUUGCUCUUAAAAACUUCCAAGUUUGCAAAAAUCGCUGCAAAAAGUGAAGACGGGCCAUAUCAACAUGGUUUCUCCCAGAAAACGAUGCACUUGAAAAUAUGUGGGUAAAUAUCAGUGAACUAUUUUGUUGUUACUGACAAGUUUGGGGACUGAGGGUAAACCACCACUAGUCAAAAUGGUGUGCCACAGAGCCCUUUUGCCACACGUUUGUGGCUAUGUUGACAGUUUUGCCCAAACCAAUUGGCCAACAACUUUGAAUGUGCUCAAAAUGUCAUGAAAUUUGGCAGAGACAUCCGAGUCUUAAAGGUGCCAUAGAAAUGAAAAACGAUUUACUUAGGCAAAGAUGUAUAAUUAGAGCUGUGUACAUGGUAACGACAUAUCGUGAUCCUCAAAUGUGUUUGUUUCCUAAUUUUUAUGUAAACCUCGCGCAUAGGCAAAAAACAUAACACAGACUGUGACAUCACAGUCAAGAUGUAUGCCCCAACAUUAAAUUACACAUUAAAUUAAUUACAAAAUUGUUAAAAUGCUAAAAACGAAGUUGUGACUGCUGAGUUUGCGCUACAUUCUAAUUAAUGCUAUAUGCCAGGGCUAUUCAAAUCUUACCCUGGAGGUCCGGAGCACUGCAGAGUUUAGCUCCAACCCUAAUCAAACCUAACCACCUGUGAUUGUCUAGUGAUCAUGAAGACCUUGAUCAGCUUGCUCAGGUGUGUUUGAUUAGGGUUGGAGCUAAAAUCUGCAGUGCUCCGGCCCUCCAGGGUAAGAUUUGAAUAGCCCUGCUAUAUGCUAGUAUUUAGGCUGAAGUUCUACUAUUGACGUUACAGUUAUGUUUUGCAGGUCUUUACUGAAAAAACACAAACUUACCACUCAGAAACGUCCAUUAAUAAUCUCCAAACAGUUGACUAUUGCUUAAAAUCUGUAUGUUUUAUCUGAUACAGGCUCAAACAUAGAGGGGCAGUUUCCCGGACAGGGUUUUGAUGAAUCCAUGACUAGGCCUUAGUUAUAUUAGGACAUUUAGGUAGUUUUUACAAACAUACUAUACAAAAACAAUACUGGUUUCAUCUUAAGAGAAAACAAUGGCUCGGAUAUAUAUGUUGAGAUGUCAGUACAAAAUAUUUUAAAUUAAGGCAGCUCAAACAUGCAUGUCUGGGAUUCGGAUAAACCCUGUCCAGAAAACCGCCCCUUAAGAGGUCUGUUUAGGAAUGUGAGCUACCGGCAUGAGCCUCAGAGCAGAGCUCAACAUUAUUAUUUAUGACCAGGGGUUCAAUUGGGGUCAGUUAUGUGUGGGGGGGCUCUGUGUGGUGGGGUUUUCGAGAGGGUAACAUGUUUAAUACUGAUGACAGCAAAGCCACUAGUGUGUUUCAAUGACAUUCUGGCCCUUUGAUAUCAUAAGUUUCAGCUUUGAAGCUGUGCCAGAGGUUGACCCAAAAUGUUUUUAAAAGAGUGUCUGAACUGUAAAUGAGGCAAAUCUAUGAGUGUGACACCCUAUAUCCAUUUGUUGCCUGUGUCAUUAUUAGGGAUGCACCGAAUCCAGAUUUUUGGGUUAAAUUGGGUUAAAAAAAAUACACAAGUUUUUAUUCAUUUAAUUCCCAUUCAGACAAGUUAUACAGCUAAAACCAACCAGCCUGACCCGCUAAAACCAGCCUGACCUGCUUAAUUCAGCUAAGACCAGCCAGCCUGACUAACUUAAACCAGACUGACCAGCUAAGAUCAGCCAUCCUGACCAGAAUUAACCUGCUACGUCCAGCACCAGCACCUGCAAUUCAAAGCUUUU